GAUAUUGCAUAUAGUUGUGACCUUGAUGUGAUAUGUAUAACAGAGACGUUGCUAAACGGUUCAAUUGCUAAUUCAGAAUUAUUUCCGUAUACUUAUGAUAUACAUCGUCAAGAUCGAAAAGAUCGAACGCCAGUUGGAGUACUUAUUGCAGUAAAAAAUGACUUAGUUUCAAGGGAAUUAAGUAAGCCUAUUGAUCAUGAAUUUGAAGCUGUGAUCGUUGAAUUGGAUCUACCUCGAGACA